AUGUCUGCCUUUUUGAACCUCUUCAAGCGCCGCAAGGCCCCUCUCGCUUGCAUGAUGUCGCUUGAUCACAAUCAUGAGCAUACAGCAGCAUGCUUCGUCGAAAUCAUGCCGUUGUCUGUAGUCGAGCUGUUCCAGUCUCAAGGAUGCAAGUCAUGUCCCCCCGCCCUACCGGGUAUUCAUGAUGCGACCAACAAUCCCAACCUACUCCUUUUGACAUACGAUGUCACUUACUGGAACCCCUCGAGCGGGUGGGAGGAUACUUUUGGCUCAUCCCAGUGGGAUGCCCGCCAGCGCCAAUAUGUCACCAAGUGGGGUCGCAAUGGUCUUUUCACCCCUCAGAUCAUCAUUGAUGGUGUUUCAGAUGGCAUUGGAGCCACCAAGGAGAACAUCAACGAAGUCAUCCAGAAAGCCAUGGAACUAAGAAAUAAUAUGCAAUGGGCUGUUGGGAUAGAUCGUGUGGGCAAUGACUUGCGCAUCGCGUCGGAGAUGUCAGAAGCCGACCAAGUGUACGGCGUGUAUGUUAUCGCGUUUCAGCCCACAGAACAGAUCGUCAAGGUCGGAAAAGGCCCUAACAAGGGAAAGAAAGUCCCACAUCGCAACAUCGUUAGAGAGCUGAUGCAAAUUGGAGAAUGGAGAGGAGGGGUUGAGCAGAUCGCUUUGCCAGGCUUCAGAAAUGAUGGAUAUGAGCGAGUCGCCAUUGUUCAAGGGGGGAUUGGAGGACCAAUCAUUGCUGCACUGAGGUUGUAA